CCUUGCCAGAUUGAAGGAAUCUUUGCAGUACCAAAAUCAUCGAUGUGCCAAGGUUAGAGCAGAGAACAUGGAACUAGAAGAAGAAAUAAACCAGCUUGAGGAAAGCAAGUUUUACAGACGAAAAGAGACAAUUUCACCAAGGAGUCGAACGAGUUCAAAGGCGAGUAUGGCCGUUACAUGGCAACAAUGUCCAAGAAGGUUACUGAGGGGAAAGCAGAGCAUGCCAGAUUGACAGAAAGUGGAACUCAACUGCAAAAAGACUUAAAGAAGGACGAAGCGGACAUUAUCAGUAAACAGAAACAGCUGAAGAAAGCAAAACACGAUUACACUACGCUUCAAAAGCAGCUCAAGACUCAGCUCAAAGCUCUUCAAGAAAGCAUUGAUAAGUUGGAGAAAGACAGGGACAAGAAGAAAGAUGUAAUUCAGGAUAAAACUCCAGUCUUCAAAGAUCUCGAGGUCCAGUUCAAAGAGAGGACACAAGAGUUUGAUACGACGAAAAAGAAAAUAGUCGACCUUAAAAACAAAAAAGCUAGUAUGGAGACAUCUGUCCAAAGGGCUCAGAGAGAUGUAGAGAAAUUGGCAGAACCACAGACUCGUUUACACGGAAAGCUGAAGGAAAGACGAGUAGAGGCCUUGGAACAACUCAAGAACCAAUCAGAGGACGUGAAGAAGAUUGAAACAGAAAUCUUUUCUUCCAGUCAGCGCCUUGGGGCAGUACUCAAAGAGAACCACAGAUUUAAGCAGGCCAUUAGGCAACUUGUAGCAGAAAUUGAAACCACACGGAAAGCAAUGAUCGCAAACUCUGGAACAAGGGAGAUAUUGCAAAAACAGCUUUUGGAAUACAGGGGUACGCUACAUGAGCGCUGGAGAGAGGACUUCAACCUUGAUAAAAUUUAUGCUGAACGAGAUUCUCUGAUGUUGGAGGACAUUGAAAGACUUCAAGAAGAAACUAGCGUAAGAGAAGAAAGGAUUGAUGAAAUCCAUCAACAACUCGAAGAGCAGCUCUCUGUUCUGUCUCACUUUAUUGAUGGAGUGGCGAACCUCAGGCCUAAAGACACUGCGCAAUCAGAACGUAAGACGGAUGGCGGGAAAAAGAUAAAACCGGGAAGACCGCUCCACGGAUCUCCACCACUGUCACCCAAGCCCCCACCCAGAUCACCAACACGGCGAAAAUCUACCAGUGACGUCAGUGCACCUGCUGAAAGCGAUUUGUAAACCAGAUGAGAUGCCUUGAUGUGUGUAUUGAGAUGACAUACCAUUUUGGUGUCAUUAGGAGGAUUAUUUAUUUUAAACCUUUUGUAAAUAAAGAUGUUUUUUAAAAGUUGAAAGAAGAA